UUUUUCCUCCCGCUUCCUUUGUUAAAAUGUGAUAUCCUAGCUUUAAUUGCUUCAAUCCUAUUAGUUGUUCUUUUAAACACGUGAUUGUGUAUUCCUUUAGUGUACAGAAAUCCCUCUGAUUGUGGCUUCAUAUUAUUUAGACAAGCACUCUUUCAGUAGUAAAUGCCAUUCCUAGCGUAGGGAAGUACUUUAGGUCUAAAGGGGUUAAGAAGGCCUCCUUGCAUUCAGAAACAUGCAGGGGUCCCACCGUGCCAGUUCCAGCCUUUUAAACUCUUUCCAGCUUUUUUUUCUUGCAACAAAUCUGCCUGACUGCCACCAGGACAUAGGAAACGUGUGCCUGUCAAAGAAAUCAAGUUUACCUUUUCCGACUUGUUAAACGGAGGCAGGGUAUAAAUACCGCUAACUCUGUACGGACUAUUAGCAUUUCUCUUAAAAUAAGGGGUUGCUUCCUAAGACUUUUAAUCCAGUGCGGUCUAGACCAGACUGUACUACCAACAAAGACAGAAAGGAAACCUGCGGAAGUUUGAUAGAGGGCAGGUGAAUUUGGACUUCUUUGAAAAUAUAAGGCACACAAAAAAAACCGAAACCCAACCCAAUUGUUGACAUUUCUCUGGAGAAGUUCUGAGAUGUUGUUGGCAUUAUUCACUCGGUGGAUGUGGAUCUUGCUGGGGAAGACCACUGUCCUGUUGCUUCUGGAGCUUCCUCUAGAGGGUAAAGCUUUACCUCCAAUACGGUAUUCUCACGCUGGGAUAUGUCCAAAUGAGAUGAACCCCAACCUGUGGGUAGAUGCCCAAAGCACCUGCAAGAGAGAGUGUGAUACAGACCUGGAAUGCGAGACCUUUGAGAAGUGCUGUCCUAAUGUCUGUGGGACAAAGAGUUGUGUGGCAGCUCGGUACAUGGACAUCAAGGGGAAGAAAGGACCCGUCGGGAUGCCCAAAGAGGCAACUUGUGACCGUUUCAUGUGUAUCCAGCAAGGCUCAGAGUGUGAUAUCUGGGAUGGACAGCCUGUAUGCAAAUGCAAAGAUAGGUGUGAAAAAGAGCCCAGUUUUACCUGUGCCUCCGAUGGACUCACCUAUUACAACAAGUGUUAUAUGGAUGCAGAAGCUUGCACCAAAGGCAUUACUCUAAAUGUAGUCACUUGUCGGUACCAUCUGACCUGGCCAAAUACCAGCCCCAUCCCACCAGAGACUACAGUGCGCCCUACCACAGCCUAUUCAGAGACAACCAUCACUGAUAUCCUGCCACCUGCUCUAGUUAACAAUCCAGUCCAUCAGUCAGUGUAUGUGGGAGAGACUGUUAGCUUUCUUUGCGAUGUCACAGGCAGACCCAAACCAGAAAUUACUUGGGAGAAGCAAAUAGACAGUAAGGAAAAAAUCAUUAUGAGGCCAAAUCACGUCAGGGGGAAUGUUGUGGUUACCAACAUUGCCCAGCUGGUAAUCUAUAACACCCAGCUGCAAGAUGCAGGCAUUUACACAUGCACUGCAAAAAACAUCGGUGGCCUUCUCAGGGUUGAUUUCCCAUUGUCAGUCGUCAAAGGAGAACCUACAUCAAAAGAAGCGUCCCAAAACAAAACCCAUUUCCCAACCGAUGAAUGUCUGAAGCAGCCAGACAGUGAAGACUGUGGGGAAGAGCAGACCAGGUGGUAUUAUGAUGCAAAGAAAAACAACUGCUUUACAUUCAUCUAUGGGAACUGUAAUAGCAACCUGAACCACUUUGAGACCUAUGAGAACUGUAUGUUAACGUGUAUGAAUGGCCCAAUCAACAUCUGCAACCUGCCAGCCCUUCAGAGUCAUUGCAAAGCCUAUGAGCCCAGAUGGGCAUACAACAGUUUGACAAAGCAAUGCCAAUCUUUCAUUUAUGGUGGCUGUGGAGGCAAUGAGAAUAACUUUGAGAGUAAAGAGGCCUGCGAAGAGAUGUGUCCUUUCCCUAAGAACACGCACUGCAAAGCCUGCAAACCUCGCCAAAAGCUGGUGACAAGCUUCUGCAAAAGCGACUUUGUUAUCCUGGGCCAUAUAACGGAACUAACCGAAGACCAAGACUCGGGACACGCCUUGGUGACAGUGGAGGAGAUUCUAAAAGAUGAAAAAAUGGGAUUAAAAUUCCUGGGGAAGGAACCUCUAGAAAUCACCCUUUUAAAUAUGGACUGGAGCUGCCCAUGCCCCAAUAUGACCACAGUGGAUGGUCAGCUUAUCAUCAUGGGUGAUGUCCACAAUGGGAUGGCCGUCCUGCAGCCAGACAGCUUUGUGGGCAUCUCCAGUGUCCGGCGUGUACGAAAGCUCCGUGAAGUCAUCCACAAGAAAACCUGUGAGCUUCUGAAAGAAUUCUUAGGACUACACUAACCUUACUCACGUGAGUCAGCCUUUCAGCUCUGUGUAUUGUAUAGGGCUAACAAAAGCAAGGCUAGUGUGGAAACUAAAGACAAGCUACUGUCUGAAGAUACAUUGUAUGUAAUAUGCAGAACCCUUAUUUUAAUCCAUUAAUGAUUCUUAGCAACAAUGUAGUAUGCUCUUUGGCAAUCACAUAAAAUAUCAAUGAAUGGCUAUUAAUCUUACUUUGAAAUCAACCUGUUUAUAUAGAAUUGCCAUUUAACUAGCUGAUUUACUGCAAUAAUUAUAUAAUUCUUGUGUAGUUUCCAACAUAAAGGACCAAAUUCUUAGCAUUUUUGUAGCUAAUUGAUACAUAGCUAAAUUGCACGUACUGUCGAUUUAAUCUGUCUCACUUACAGCAUGGAAAUGUUAUGAUAAAUCAUUAAAAAUAAGUCACAAACUUUUGUUUCCUCAUGGUAACAUUAAGUACAUUACAAGAGACAAAACUGUAAAUUAUUGUCUAUAUUGACUAUAAUUACACAUGUCAAGUCAAUCUAUGCAUUAUGAAUGUGCUCACCUUUUCAUAGAAAUCCACAAAGGAAUUUUCUCUGGAUUGUGCCAAUUUUGAAUACAAUGAAUACAAGCCCUGCAGUCCUUACUCACGGGAAGAAAAAACAUUGAAGUAAACUAGGCAAUCAUUCUGGGUCUAUUAGCCACAAAAACAAAUACAUGUCCAAAGCCAGAACCACAAUUUCACAAUGUGUUGAGUCCAACAUCAACACCACUCAUUUCAAUGCACGUUCCUGUUUUUGUUUUAAAUAAAUGUGGUGUAAAGCUAACAUGAAGAGUCUUUGGAAGUGGGAUGUCUGCUAUCUUGGUUUUGGAAGGCCAUUGCAUCUGAGCAUGUGUGGGGAUCUAUUGCUUAAUUGUUAACAAGCCUGAUUUUCCAGGUAAUAGAGUAGAAUUAUAGCAGUCAGAAUAAAAUUAAAGAUAGAAAAGUGCCAUACACAUUAUAACCAUUAUGUGAUACACACAGAGAAAAACAGAGCAGUAUACACACAUUAUAGACACAUUCAUAAACAAACACACAGUAGGUGCACUUUAAAAGCUUCAAUUAAUCUGAACUUCCCCCAUUCUAAACAGUAUUCCCCAUUAUAUAUAUAUAGGAAAUCUCUCUCAAAUCAGUUAAAACAUUCUAAGUGUGGCCACUAUAUAUACGUGUAUGUAUAAAUACACAUACAGCAAGAGAAAGAAAUAUGCAUGUGUGUAUAAACAAUAUUGAUCAUUACUAAUAUUUAUGUGUCUAAAAGGUAAAAUUUGCAUAUCCACAAUUUUUAAAUAACAAGAAGGGUUAUCUCAGAAAUACCCUGCCUCUGUUAAGGAAUGUCAGUGAGCUGAGAUUAUGAGUGUGUAUGCUUACAGAUGUCAUUCUUAUCAUUAUUACUAGUCUCUUUGUUCAAUUGUUUAAGUGAGCUCCAGCAAUAAUGUCUACUGUUGCACAAAGACCAGUUCAAGCAAUGGUCUGGGUCCAGAAAUGUUUUAGCUUAAAGGUAAGAGGGUGUUGUUAAUAUUACUCUGUGGUGCCAUCUACUGGCUAAUCCAAGAGGCAGCAGGAGGUAGCUAAAGCUUUGCAUUCUAGAUGGUAAAAGGUGCGGACAUGCACACACACACGUGUAUGUUGGGUCUGAUUAUGAAUGAGACACGGGGAAGUCCAUGUAAAAAGUUUACCUGGCUAGAUGCUGGGUUUAAGCACUUCACUGGAGACUCCUAAUCCCUAAGGCCUACAUAUAUUGUAUAUUUUGCAAGUGGCAACAAAGACUUCAAGGAUGAAAUUUAAUGGACAAUAAGAAUGUUUUAAAUAUGGCCUGACACAACUUUUAAAUAUAGGCCCUGACUCAUUUACACUAAGGCUCCUUUACACUACUCUGGCAAUAUGAAGAUGCCUUAAAGAUGCCAUUCACCCACCUUAAGGCUUCUGAGCAAUGUAAAGGGGCUUUUAGUGUAAGUGAGAAUCAAACCCUUUCGUUUUACCCUGGUCUGGGAUACAAUUCAUCAACAAGCACAUUUUAAGCAAAGCCUGAUAGAAGAGUUUCAAAAAACAAAGUCAGUAUUAAAGCUCUUCUUAGCUACCAAAUUUUAAAAAAGCCAAGUGUGCUAUUAGUCUGUACUGCAGCACAUUGUCCAGCACAAUAAGUGUAUGAUUUUUGUUGUCUCUUUCUUAAAUGGAUGUAAGAAGAAUUACAAUAAAAACGUAAUAACAUUUA